CAAGUUGUUUACACUCGAACGCACCUUCUGUCAAUCUAAAAAGAUUUAUUUUGUCAACAAAUUUACUGUUUGGGAUGUGAUAUUUUGAAAUUCAAUGGCCGAGGGUCAAUCACAAUCAACGGGUGUCACCGAAACACAAGUUAUAAAUGAAGAAGCAGAGCAACCACAGGUACUACAACUCAAGUUGAGAAAGCCAAAAAACAAGAGGGAAGUAAAAUGGACAACAGACACAGUAGACAAUGAACACAUGAACAAGAAAAAGUCAAAGUGUUGCUGCAUCUACGAGAAACCAAAGAUGUUUGAUGAAUCAUCAUCAGAUGAUUCAGACGAUGAGUGUCGUAGUUGUAGAGGACACAAAGACAAAUGUUUCCGUACAGACAAAGAUGAUGAUUCAGGUCCUGGUCCUGGUUCGGAAGUUCCAAGUUAGCAGUGGACCAGCAAGUGAAAAUUGUCGUAAUAUAUGUACUAUACCGGUAUAUUAUGUUCUGUUGAGUUGUCGGAAAUCUAAUGGGAUUUUUGUUUACAUUAUGCAUUCUAUGAUUUAGACAACAGAAACCUGAAAUAUAUGCUGUACAUAAGUAUAUAUAUGUACCGGUAUAUUUUUUUUUUGAAUAUUUUGUUGUCUGAAUGUUUGUGUUUUAAAUUGAAGUAAAAUUAAUUUUUUCUCUUGCAAAAGCCAUAGGGUUUUAUCCAUCUAUCACAUAAUUUGGUUAAGCAUACAUGUUUAAUUGAUGAAAGUAGUCCAAUAUGUAUUAUAAAUGAAAGGGAAAUUAUUUGAUAACUCAACCUACAGAAUACAUACACUGUAUGCAUGUGAACUCUGGAAAUAUUUAUAUUCUUAUGUAUGAGUAUUGUAAGCUACCCAGUGUAUAGAUAUGUUUGAUGAUGGCUGAAAAGAACUUUCACAUUCAGAUUAUAUAGAUAAUACAAAAUGUAAUAUUUCUUUGUAAAUUCCUAAAGGUUUCUUAUAAUACCAAGCUAUACUCUACAAAAGGAAGUAAAAUAUUUGGUAAUACAAAACUACCAUUAAGAAAAAAAUUGCAAGAUACAUGUACUUGCCAAUUUUAAAGCCUCAGAAAUUUUAUGUUCCAUUUGUUGUUCAAGUUUCAAAACUAGCAGGGUCAUUAAGGAUUGUAAUAAUGAUGGUUAAUAAAAAAUGCAGUUAGUUUUAUUUUAUUUUUGAUGCUGUUUUGUGCAUUGUAAAUCCUCAUCAAAUUUUCAGUUGUGAAAUAAAUGAAAUUUCUUCAAGACAUUAGAAAUCAAUUUGUCCUCUGGAACCAAACAUUUGUUGCUGUGUUGGCUCAUCCCUGCAGGAUUCUGGAUUUGGUUUCAAAGAAGCCGUAGAAAUAGGGAAGUUAAUAAUGUGUGCUGAAUACUUUGUUUUACUUACUUAAUGAUGGUUUGAUGUUUUAUUGAAUAAAGAUAGUGCUAUUUUUCUGCCAAACCAA